UGGUGCUGCUCUGAGACGGGAGUAUCAGAAGCAGGGCCGUCCUCCUCCCUGACCCUGGCCCGUCGAUGGGGGAAAAAAAGUGUUACAGGGGCUGGGAUGCAAAGAAACACAGCGUUGCAGACUGGAACGCGGGACUGUUGUUGGUGCAGGACAUGAAAUAUGACCACCUUUGCGGAAUAAUCGCUGCUGUGCACCAACAUGAUGUGGGCUUUGAAUUGGAGUAGAACCGCCGCGAUUAUACUCUACUUUGUUGGAAACUUCGUCUCCAAAGGAAACACAAAAACAUCAGCUGAGGACACCGGCACACAAGAGGUGACUCUGAAAGUUCACCUCAGCGACAGCAGCACUCACCAGCCCCUGCUUGGCGCCGCCAUACAGCUCUUUGCCAACAACACUCCUGUAACCUUGGACACAUCAGCAGCUGAUGGAAACGCCUACUUGCGCUUCUCCUUCCGCCUUGGGACUCCGCUGGUUGUCACCGCAACCAAGCCAGGAUAUGUGCCAAACUCUGUUCCCUGGACUCCCUCUAAAUUACCUGUGUUUUCCUCUAUUAGUUUGGAUCUUCUUCCAGAAAGAGCUGCUACUCUGAUGGUCUAUGAAGAUGUUGUGGAGAUUGUGUCAGGUCUACAAGGGGUAAAAGGUCAGCCAGGAGUUCAUUUCCAGCGCAGAGCCCUUAGUCUUGCUUCCAACACUUCCUAUGCAAACCUGACGGCCCUCUUCACUUUGGCGAGCUCCCCCUCACAAAUCCAAUAUUUUCCCUACCUGCAAACCUUUGGCAGCAACCUCACAGGCACAGAGAAGAAGUUGGAACUGACUCCCGUUGCAGCCAUUUCUGUUCACCUGUUGGCCAGCGAUGGAGCGGAGCUACAGGUGAACGGGCCAAUCACAGUUUCCCUGCCCCUGCCAAGUGACAGCACCCUCAAAGAAAAUGAUCACAUCCCCGCAUGGAGAUUUGACCCUCGUUUAGGCGCCUGGAUUAAGAGCAGCUGGGGUCACGUGCAGAGGGAGGGGAACCAGCUCACUUUGACCUACAUUGCUCCUCAGCUGGGGUAUUGGGUGGCUGCCAUGUCCCCUCUGCACUCAGGUCCAAUGGUUGCGAAAGACAUCAGUACAUACCACACGGUUUUCCUGCUGGCCAUACUGGGAGGCAUGGCCCUCAUCCUCCUCUGUUUGCUCUGCCUUCUGCUGUAUUACUGCAGACGUCGUUGUUUGAAGCCAAGAGGGUCCCAUCGCAAGAUUACGCUGUCCUCUGGUCUGGACAGCAGUAAGAAGGAUCAAGCCACCUCCAUGUCUCACAUGAACCUCAUCAGCAAUGAGGUGCAACUGGAACUGGUUUCAACCGCCACUGAACCUGACAUGACCACGCCAAUGCUGAAGCCUUCGCCACUGGAGCAUCAGGACAAUCAGCGUCAUCACAGUCUGAUCCAGCACAGCAAACAGAGCCGUUCGUCUCUCGGAAACCACAGCCUUCACGGUUCUUCGCUUGGCAACCUGACACCCCGCAGCAGAGACUAUCGUCAGUCUGCAGAGACAUUCCAGUUGAAGGCCGCUCUGUUGUCUGGGACGGAAAGGAGUUACCGUCAAUCCUACACCUCUGUCUGCUCAUCCAGCAACCAGAUUUCAGAGGCCCUGUCAUCAUGCAAUCCCGCUCAGGCUUCUGUCACGCAACUGAGCAGCAUUGGGAUUAUUGAUUGCAUCUCUCCGUCCUCUCCUCCUCAUUCCCCCUGCAGGGGGGAAGGGGGUGACUGCAGGGCCCCCGACUAUCUUCUCUCCCGCUCUGUUGAUCACUUGGAGCGUCCCAACCCACAGCUGCUCUCUCGGCCGGGCCAGCUGCUGUGCUGCGGUUCUGUAGAUCUGCUGAGUGGAGGAGAAGGCUACUCGAGAGUGCGCCCCACUCUGGUCAUCCCUGCACACUACAUGCGACUUCCCGGGGAGCACCCUCUGUCUGGCCAGGCGUUGCUCCUGCAGGCUGACCAGCAGAGUGAUUUAGAGACCAUCCAGGCCGAGCUGAACGCCCAGCAACCCCGGGGGCAAACCCCCACUGACUGCUCCCCAGUUUCCACCAGUCAGAGUGACGGAGAAAAUCUGGGUUUGUCAGAGUCUCUGUCUAUCCCGUCAGCGCUCGGAGAAACAGCUCUGGUGGAAAUUAACAGAGAAGACACUUUGCUGGCUGAGAAGACACUGAUGGAGCUGAGAGGAGGGAAACCUCUGCCUCACCCUCGAGCUUGGUUCGUCUCGCUCGACGGACGCUCCAACGCUCAUAUACGCCACUCAUACAUUGACCUCCAGCGGGCAGGAUGCUACAAUAACUCACAACCCUCAGAAGGUCAGCAGGACGGCAGCAGCAGUCGGCAUGGCAGUGGGAACGAUGCCAGCCUGGACUCUGGUGUGGACCUAAAUGAGCACAGAGGGGGGCGGAGGGGCAGGGAUGCAGGAAAAGAGAUGGAGACGGAAAGAUCCAAGGGUGCAGCAGCAGCUAAAACCUACACCCAACUGGUAUAUGUGGAUGAUCUGGAGGGGGGUGGACACGAGGAGAAGUGCAGUCCCAAAAAUAGCAAAGCAGAACCUUCACUGUCAGACGGAGCAGAAGGCAACGGAGGGGAAACGGAGCAGAGGAGUGUGGAGAUCCAAAAAGCUGAAGAGUUACAAAUCCAAGAGGAAGCCCCCUCACUGUCCCCAGUGUCCCCCUCCUCCCCCCCUCCCCUCCCAACCCCAGAGGGAGUGACAUUCAGGACUGAUCAUGCACUGCUGUCCGUCUCCCCGGAUGAUGAUGCAGCACAUGAAGAUGGAGAGGAGGAGAGGAAAAGCCCCUGGCAGAGAAGGGAGGAGCGCCCCCUGCUGGCCUUCAACAUGAAAUGACCAUUGCCAACAGUCUGGCCGGCUCUAAAAGACCUUUUGGGUGCUUUUUUAAAAUAUGUUUAAAACAUACAAUCAGUUAUCAUUCUGUGCACAAGGAAAAUUCUAAAUUCCGCCCAAUCGUGUAUAGUUUGAUAAUUAGCAGCUUUUAAAUACAAAGUAGAUAUAAGGGAGAAACUAAUAAUAAAACUGAAGGAUUAGAAUGACACGUGGUUAUGUUUACCAACAAGUGGCUUAAAACGUCACCUGUAUUUAGUAAACUGUCCGUUCUCCCAACUGCUCAUCUCUUUAGUUCAGGUAAAUUCAGAAUGACAAAACCUAAUCUGUCUGCCAUCCCGCUUUCUCAAUUACAUGAAGGAAAUAAUCUGUUUAAAGUAGCACUAAACAAAACUAUUUUAGCACUGGGAUCUGGAACUGUUGAGGAUCCUUUUGAGAACUUCAAAGUACAGUUUUGAAAUGACCACUGUUUUUUUAUGCCUUAGCUGUAUGACGUGACACGUUGCCGGGGCAAGCCAAACGGUCUCGGGAGUUUCCACAUUAUAUGCACAAAGAUGUAUGCCUUUUUUAAAUAUGAAACAAAAAGCCUUGCAAUCAGAUAGAAAUCGUUUGAUGGGUGGUUCUGUGGAGCUUUGACCAAAGGAACCCUUUUUUUUCUUCAGCCAUAUUGGCCUGAAUCCACUGACAGAACCCAGGAAUUUAAUAGUUUAACCAUUGUGAUUUUUUUAUUUUUAUUGUUUAACGGUUGUGGAUAAAAUACGUCCCAAAAAAGAGCAGAAAAUGCUUCUCUUUUUUAGGAACGUUGAGAAUUUUUUUGUAUGUUCCAGCACUACAGCGAGAUCAGUCUUGAUGCAAAGGGCGAUUUCUCCUCCAGUUGAAAACAGCGGGCCCUGCAGGUGCAUGUAUGUACUGCAGGAGGGGAGGAGGUUUUUGCUUCAUAAUUAAACCACUACUUUUUUUAAUUCCUUAACCAAAUGAUGUGACCUAUAACACUAAGCUGGUGAGCAAGGAUGUAUUACCACUACACCACUGUAGUCCCAGAAACAAAGGUUUGAUGAUAGGAAGGGGAUACAACUGUUGAACCACUGACAUGCAUAUUUUUGCUCUAUGCAUCACUUUCUUAACAGCUGCUUGAGAAGCCUUCUUUUUGUAAAUAUAAACCACCUUGAUUUUCAUUGCCAACAUGAAGUAUUUUACGUAAAAAUUGCUAUUUUUUAUUUCUUUAACCUCGUUGAUGGAUUUUAUUUCAUGUCUAGUUCUGCGUAAAAGCUGCAACACGCCUAUCUUCACAUUGAUUUUGGAAAAACACCAGUUUGCUGUGUCUCACCUUUUUGUCUGACCACACCCCCACGAUCCAAGUGCCUUUGAACAAUGUUAUUCUGCAAGGCGUGUGUUGGACACACCACCUUGUGUUUUUUUUUUUUUUUGUUUUUUUACAUUUUUUGGGUUGUUUUCUCGUCCUGUCUCUCUUCUCUACCUCAGCCUUCACUUUCUCUCCUGCUUGUGAAAGAGAGCAUGCAGUACGUUUUCCUCCUAGCUAGUAUAUUUCAAAGCUACAUCGCAGGAUUUGUCAGGAACAGCCUACCCAACUGCUGCAACCAUAAACUCUACUGGAGUCUACAAGAUGCUGGUGUUUUAGAAACGGGGAUUGAGGGUUUUUUUAGGGUCGCACAUCAAAAGGAGAAGCUAUGACUUCACUGAACUUUCUUAUUCUUUGUUUUUUUGGGAGGAUGAAUGUUUUUCAUAAAUGUGUUUGUAGUAUUGGGAGUGUCCAUCUGCUGCUGAAUGAGGUUACUUGGGAUAUGGUCAACAUGAAUUGAAUCAACAUUUGUGUAGUCCCUCCAGUCACGUUUGUGUAGUCCCUCCAGUCACGUCGCAGAGAGUUUUUAGUUCUUUUCCUGCCCCCGUCUGAAUUGUUGACAGGUUUCCGUCUCUUGGUAUCACCCAGCAGCCUCAAAUUACGGGAUAAAGUAGAGAUCCGUUAUCCAGAGUGAGUGUAAAUUGGCUUCUUGCAUUAUAUUUGAAACGUAUUAUUCCAAAUAAACACCUAAAGGAGAA